GAUAAUAUGUUGAACAAAAUAUUACAGACGUUGUGAAAAUUAUGUAUGCUAAGGGCCAUUAACUCAAAUUUUGGAGAUCUUAUCUUUCAACUCCUAUUUUGGGGAUUUUAUCUUUCAACUCCUAUUUUGGAGUUUAAUCAAUGUUUUACUCCUAUUUUGGUCCUUAACCCAUCUUUGUUUGUUAAAUUAAUGACUUUGAAGGAAUUUUAGCUCUAUGCUACUGUUAAAUCUAAACUCGAAGAGGUGUUCUGGGAACUAUUAUUCACCAAAAUUUACUUAAAUUGGACCAAAUUAGGAACGCGCGCCUAAUCCAGUUUAAAUUGAUAUUUUUUUAAAGUCCAAAGUGUUUUGAAUAGCCGAACUUUUCUAAAAACUAAGUCUCACUUGAUUAGCCUUGGCUGCCUCGUUAAGUAGUUUUUGCUAAUCAAGGUUCUCGUACUGAUUUUGUUAAAUAACCGUAGUGUUACUGCAAAGUUGUUAUGGUGAUGUUUUCCAAAGAUUUUAAUGCGCUAUUCUUAGUAGUAACUUAAGGGUUGGUCUUUAGGUUGCUAAGGGUAGUAGGGUUUAGAGUUAGGGUUGGUCUUAACAUGAGCUAAUAUGAAUGGAAAAAUAGGGAAGAACCGUUGGUGGACCUCUUCUUCAGCCUAACCCUGAGUUUAAUUAGCAGUUUAUUUCAGAAUCAAGGCAUAAUUAAUUGGUUAAUCAAAUUUGUCCAGUUUAUUUUCUAUUAAAAACAAUAAGUAUUUUCAAAAUAGUUUAAGUUAAUUAUUAUUGUCUACGUUUUAUAAAGUUUAUCGUGAGAUUGUGUUUGUGUGUUUGUUUUCUCCCUGAGUGUUAUUUCUCAGUUUGAGUUGUUGUUGUGGUUCCAUCUCUUAUCUGUUAUCCUUUAUCUUUAUUUUAUUUGUCCAUUUUUUUAUCUUUUUAGAAUUAUCAUUCAAACCCCCCAUAUCCUUUAGUUUUAGUGUUUUUAGAUAUUAGUUAGUUUUUAUUCAAUAAAAGUGACAAAGUAAACUGAUUUUCAUAGCCUAAAAAGUAUCUUUCCUCGUGGGAUCGACCCUUACUUUCUCUAUCUAUAUGUUUUAAUUAAUAUUAAUUCAUAAAGGGGAUUUAAGUUAAGGAAAAUAAUAAAUUAAUUUGUAGGUGCUACGACAAGCCUAUCAGCCCACGCCCUAUCCCGCCAAGAGGCACCCGCGGAGGACGCCGUAUUCUGCCAACUGUCCGAGCCGUACCCGGAGAUCCUGCAGCGCAUCCACGAGGAAAAUUUUACUCAGCCCGAUUUGGUCCGUCUCCAUGGCGACUUUCAGCGGGAAGUUUUGCAGCCGCCAUUUACCGUUCUCAACGGUGUCCUAUAUUAUAAUACGCGGUUGUGCGUUGGGGAACAGUCGGGCAUCCGGACCAAGCUUUUACGAGAAUAUCACGACUUUCAGGCCGCGGGACACACAGGGGUGCACCGCACCUUUCAACUGUUGGCCCAAUCUUUUUACUAGCCGCGAAUGCGCGCGGAUGUCCGUCGCUACGUCGCGGCGUGUCGCACCUGUCAGGCCACGAAGUUCACUCUGAUAAUUCUUUUCUGUUCUUUGAUUUGCACAAGCAGUGCGGAAAGGUUAUUUGCUACGUAUAUCCGAUCAAACAAAAGAAGGCAGCAGACCAGUUUAACUUCAGAUCGCCACAAAAAUAUCACAAUCCCAGUUUUUGUUUUUUGUUCGGCAAUUCCAGGGGAGGUCCACGGUUAUUUACUGUGUGAAGAUUUACUCUAAUUUUUUUUUUGUGUGCUUUGAUUUGGAGAAGCAGUGGGCAGUGGCUCACUCCUAAAAAAAGGAAGGUUAUUUUGCUCCUUUUUUUGCCGCCUUCAUUAUUGUUCCUGAUCGAAAACAAAGGGCGUGCAGUGAAUCUACCAAACUUUGAUUAUUAUUGGCAUCAUUAAAUCUUUGUGGCAGUAAAUGAUUUGGGAGCCGCCACUUGGUUCUCAACACCUGGAAGUCUCAUAAUCUGCGAGGGUGGAUUAAAUUAUCAAAGAUUUCUUUUGGAAUUGGGGUUGGUAUCCGUCUUGCCACAACUAUGGUCUCGAUUUUGGAUAAAAUUAUUGUGACCAUGGACGAUGCUUUGAACAAACUUCUUGGUGUAUUGAAGAAUAUCUUUUAUGGAAGAGUUGAGUUUCAUGACGGAGUCUGUAUAGCUUAUGAUCAUGUGGAUGAAAUUUUGAAGACGUUCCACUUAUUUCGUCAUCUUUUAGAUCUACCGUUUUCUAAUUCUAAGUUAUAUGCGUUCAAUGUGGAAAUCUCUUGCUCGAUACAAGAUUUGGUGCGUGGUACUCCAAUGGCAUUGAGUGAUAUUCCCUUGGAGUUAAAAAGUUUCAAAACAAAGAUGAUGGACGCUAUAAGGAAUCUUCUCGGUGUUCCCAUUGCUCCACCUGAUCUGGCCCCUACAACCACUCUACACAAUCCUACAUCUAAGGACAUGGAAUCUGUGGAGCAUACUGUUCGUAAUUCAGUGAGAGGUCCUGAAGUUGCUGAUGAUGAUGUUUCUAUUGAAGGUACUAGAUUUUACCCGUGCGUUGCACGUUUCAAUAACCCUCUCUCUCUCGCAUCUUCUUUUCCGAUUUCCGAUUCUCUGCAUCAACGUCGCCGCGGCUGAGUUUCCUCAUCUCCAACGAACGACGCAUCAAGGCAUCUGAAAGGAUCGAUCGGCGCAUCUAGGCAGUCAACAGUCAACAGAUUCUUAAUGGCCGAACCUAACGAAAAUGAAGAGUAGGAAGUGAUCUUUCAUGGGCACAUGUUGAUGAAGCCAUUGGCGUACUUCAUCUACUUCUAUUGCAUCUACUCCAGUGCCAUUGACUGAUGAAGGCUUACAAAAUGAAGAUAUUGAAGUUGA